AUGGAGAACCAGCCACACCCCUCUCCUCAACAAAACGUUGUUGGGAGUACUUCAAAAGGCCAGGAAAGCCCUCAGCAAGCUAAACAACAGACACCACAAACGGCUACAUCUCUUCAACAAAUCGAUAAACAAACAAUGGCAACUCUACCAGAGCCUGCUGUCCCUCUUCAACAAAAGCCCCACACAACACCUCCACAGAUAACCCAACAACCCAUUGUUGUGGCACAACAGCAACGACUUGCAUUAAACCAAGAAUUUCCACCUCAAGAGAAACAAAUGGGACUUACACAACAAACACAACAACAGAAUGAUUUGGUGUCGCAACAAGCUCAACCGAUAACACAACAGCAAAUUCAAUUAAAAAACCAACCAAAACGAGAGCAACCAAUUCCCUCACCACAAGACAAGAUACUUAAAAGUGACAAACAAUCUCAAAUUAAGCUCGAAGCCCCUAUAAAACAGGAAAGUCCUUUUAAGGCAGUUCAAGAAGACACUAAAAUGUCAAAUGGGGAAUUAAUUUCCCAAAUCCAACAACUAAAUACUCCACAACGUGGCCAUCCAAUGGUCACUAACACGGUACCACAACAACAAAACUCUCAGAUGAUGCAACAACAUCCACUUAAGUUGAGGCUGGACACUGAAAUCCCAAACAGCAUGCCAUCACAAAUCCAUGCCAUGGUGAAUCCUACUCAAAUGCCGAUGGGUCAACCGCAGAUGCAAGUUCCGUAUCCAUACAGACAAUAUGCCCCAAUGGGAAGGUUCUCACGUGUAGCUGGGGGACAGGUCAUCCCAGGGAGUGGCGGUCAACAACUGAGAUUUGCACCCGUUCAAAUGAAUGGAGGAAUAAAUCCGCCCCCACCAAGUGGGAUAUUCAGACCAGUUUUUAAUCCUGUGGGUGUUGAAGGACAAUUUGUGCCGUAUCAGUACCAACAACAACCACCUCCUCCAAUGUAUAUGUCACGUCCUGUGAUUCGACAAAACGUGAGACCAGUCAUAAGAACACAGCCAUUGCACGUUGAGAAGAAGGAUAAAGUCACGAAGGUUAAAGAACCAAAGAAAGUGAAGGAGCCAAAAGUGAAGAAAGAAAAGAUACCAAAACCAAAGAAGGAGGUCAGAAUAUAUACACCAGUCGUUGUUGAGCCACCCAUUCAACCAUUGCCUAUACAAAAGAAAGAGAAAAAGAAAAAGGAGGAAGACAUCAUACCCGCUAGAAAAUACGCGUUUAGAGAGAGAAAGUCAUCGGUGAAACUCGUUGAAGAGAACGAAGAUGAGAAGAUGGAAGAUCAAGAUGUUGAGAAGAAGAGAUGUCCAGUCGUCAAAAGAGAAUUUUCACCAUUCACGACGGAGAAAAGUGUGGAGAAACUGUUGAAUGUAAGGGGUGGUGUCGAGGCUGGUACGGAAGAGGAGUACUUAGUGAAAUACAACAACAAGAGUUAUAGAGACGUUGAGUGGAUCAAAGAGAGUAUUUUGUCACAGAUGAUACCACAACUGAGGAUCAAACGAUUUAAAACAAAGUUCCAGUUUGACGGAGAGGAGGAUCCGUUUCCAAUGGAGUAUACCACCGUCGAGAGAAUUUUAUUUGAAAAGGAAAUAGAUGGUGUUAAGUAUUGCUUAGUCAAGUGGGGAGGUGGACUGAGUUACACGGAAGCCACAUGGGAAAAGGAGAGUGAUGUAGGGGAUGAUGUCAGACUUAACGAAUACAAGAAAUUUCAUAUAAUGCCUGACCCUUCAACCAUUGAAGCGCCACUUCCGGAUAGAAUAUGGGAAAGAAGAAUGAAAUCUGAUGUGUACAGGCACAAUAAUACACUGAGAGAAUAUCAAAUAGAGGGACUGAAUUGGCUUGUUUUUAAUUGGUGCCGAGGGAAAGGAUGUAUAUUGGCGGAUGAAAUGGGUUUGGGGAAGACAGUGCAGGUUGUCGCAUUUAUGGAGCACCUCAGGACAUUCCAGAAACUCCCAGGACCAUUUUUGAUAGUAACACCACUCUCAACGUUGGAGCACUGGAGACGAGAGAUUUGUGAGUGGACGGAGAUGAAUGUUGUCGUCUAUUUGGGGAGCAAAGAAAACCGACAGAUGAUACAACACUAUGAGUGGUUUUACCUUGACAAAGACGAGAAGGAGUUGUCAAAACAAAUCAAAUUUCAUGCGUUGGUAACUACAUAUGAAAUGGUGAUGAAUGACUACGAAGCAUUGCAACAAAUUCAUUGGCAAGUCAUUGUUGUGGAUGAAGCGCAGCGACUGAAAAAUAAACAAUCCAAGCUGAACAGAACACUGAGCGAAAUUCCUGCUUAUCAUAAAAUACUCUUGACUGGAACUCCAAUCCAAAAUAACACGGAUGAAUUGUGGACUUUGCUGAAUUAUGUAAACCCAAUCGGCUUCCCUUCUAUUGAGGCGUUUCACCAGAAAUUUGGAGAGGGAAAGACAGCAGAUGAGGUCAAAUCACUCCAAGUUGAGAUUCAGCCCUAUUUACUGAGAAGAGUUAAACAGAACGUGGAGAAGUCGAUACCACCAAAAGAAGAGAUUUUGAUUGAAGUUGAGCUGACGCUUGUGCAAAAGAAGUACUACAGAGCAUUAUACGAAAAGAAUAGAGAAUUUUUGAAUAAGGGGUGUGUUGGGCAGAAUGUCCCACAUUUGUUGAAUUUAAUGAUGCAACUCAGAAAGGUGUGCAACCACCCAUUUUUAAUUCCUGGCGUGGAGGAAAAGGAGGUUGGGGGAAAUUAUGACGAUCCUGAUUUUUAUGAAAGUGAGUUGGUGAAGUGCUCGGGGAAGAUGGUCUUACUUGACAAGUUACUUCCAAAACUGAAACAAGACGACCAUCGUGUGUUGAUAUUCAGUCAAUUAAAGGGUGUUCUUGAUGUGAUAGAGAAAUAUCUUGGGUUCAAGAAAUACACCUACGAACGACUCGACGGGAGUGUGAAAAGUAACGACAGACAAAAUGCGAUUGAUCGAUUCAUGAAGGGAGAUAGAUUCGUGUUUUUGUUAUGUACACGAGCCGGAGGUAUUGGUAUCAAUUUGAGUGAAGCGGAUACUGUUAUCAUUUACGACAGUGAUUGGAACCCACAAAACGAUUUACAAGCACAAGCGAGAUGUCAUCGUAUUGGGCAGAAGAAGGAGGUGAAGGUGUAUCGACUUGUGUCGAAGAACACGUACGAGAGGUACAUGUUUGAGAGAGCUUCAAUGAAACUUGGACUAGAUCAGGCGAUCUUAUCGAACAUCAACCAUGAGUCAAAAGAGACGGAAAAGAUGUCAAAGGAUGAUAUAGCAGACUUACUGAAGUACGGAGCAUAUGGUCUUUUGAAAGAUGAAGAUGAGAAAAACUCAAACAACUUUGGGGAAGAAGACAUCGACCAAAUUAUGGAAAAACGCUCCAAGAAGGUUGUUUGGAAUGGAGAGAGUGCGGCACAGUCGAGCAGUUUUUCAAAGGCGACAUUUGUUUCCGAGACUGGUGAUGUCGUUGAUUUGAACGAUGAACACUUCUGGGAGAAAGUUCUUCCAAAAUUGCGAACGCCAUCACAACUUUUCAAGGAUUUGGACGCCGCAAUGAGCUCAAAGAACGACGAAAAGAUUAUUCCCUGGUUUGAAGCAAAUUUGGAAGAGUUUUUGACUGAAAUGCGACAACAUGUAGUGAAUGUGGUGGAUGCGUACAAUGAGGCGAAAGGACAUAUUUUGUCGGAAAGAGACACCCUGGUGAAAUGUAUUGAUUUGUUACUUACCAAGAAAGAUUUGAUUGUCGAAGAUAUUGUUCAGGAAUUACUUACGACAUCAGAAACGCUGAAGUUCUCAAGAAAGAAAAGGAAAACAGUAAUUUUGCCAGUAGAGGACGAGGAGGAGUAUAACAAGAAAAAGCAGCGAGUGAAAAAGGCGGAGAUGCCCGAUGAAAUGAAAAUGCAACUUUAUUCCGCAGUAAUCGAUGUAGGAAGGGUUGACUUUACUGUUGUGCGAGAGAGAGCAAAGAUUGGGAUGGAAUUUGACCAAGACGAGUUGCGGAGUUUUAUUAUAAUCUUUUUGAAACAGUGCACCGCAUAUGGUCUGAAGUUUGAAAUUAACAAACGCUAUUUUGUUCAACUUCUUGAGCAAUAUCACGCUGUGAAGAGAAUCAGAAAAGGCGGAAGAGAUGACGUUUUGAAACAAGGCCAUGAGUACGCACUCAGAGACGAAUUCUCAUUCUUAACAAAAGAGAUAUUGAAGGUGUACGAGUCGAAACUGAAGUAUAUGAACAGACUGGUGAAACUUGCUGGACCAGAACACUUAAUACCAGAACUGAACGCAAACACCCACUUAACCAAUUGGUGGAAUGACCAAUGCGACCACGACUUGCUGAUAGGGAUAUUGAAAUACGGAUUUGGUGGUGGAGUGUUGAUGGAAGAGGAUGAACAGCUUGUGUUCAAUAGUAUUGUCGAAGAAGACGCGGGAGAGAUAAAAAAGGGUCGCUUCAUGUUUAAAAUGCCCGACGAUUCAAAUCUCACGAAACAUGCGAAAGCACUGAUAUCUCUGUUUGACAAGAAGUCGAAGGGCGCUGUUGUGAAGAGUGGAGAUGGAAAGAAAAAGAUGGACGAGAAGACGGAAGACGAGGAGAGUGGUGAAGAGAAGGCACAACAGAACACUCAAAUGGAAAUUGAAGAACCCAAAGAAGAGAAAGCCGAAGAACAAGUUUUGCCACCUCCAAUGGAGGAAGAACCGCCUCAUAAUGUUGUACCAUCAGCCGACGACAUUGAUGAAAAGCUGGAAAUUCAGUUGACGGAAAAUUCAGAAGAGAAUGGUGAAAAGGAAGAGCAACAGAAAGUUGAAGAAAAGGAAAUGGAAAUUGAAGUCAAAAUGGAUGAAACCCCAAAUGAAAUCAUUGAUGAAAAACAAGAAGAGAAAGUGCCAUUAACUAAAAUGGAAGAGGAGCGUCCAGACGAGACUGACGUCCCCAAUGAGAUUCAAAACAAUGGGGAAGAGAAAAAAGAAAAUAACAUACCACAACAAAUUCAACAAAACACAACAGUGCCUCAAGUCAAAAAUAUAAGUGAGGUAACCGUGAAUACAACUGAGACCAAAGUUACAGAAGUACCAGAAGAGAUACACCCCUCUGUUGAGGAAAAGAAAGAAAAGUCUUUUGAUACAAAAGUCGAAGAAAAUGGUGUGGAAAAGCAGAGCGAAGUCACAACAAGUCCUCUCCAUGCAACAACGGACGAAGUAAAAGAAAUGAUCAAUGGGGAAGAACAACAAAAGGUGGAAGUUCCACUGGAGCAGAAAUGA